AUGAAUCGUCUAAACCACAUCAACCCGUUCGCGAAGCGGGACUCACAUAGUGCCAACUCGGUCAUCACGUACAAGGUCCUAACCUUGGUGACUUGGCUGCUGUCGCUCAUCACCACCAUCUACUACACGUACGACGCGCCUCACGACGGCCACUACGUCCGCCGCAAGAUCUGGGAGCAAAACUACUUUUACUUCUCGGGGUUUACCCUCAACUCGGUCAUCACGGACAUCUACUGGCUCGUCCUCUUCAUCCUGCAGCUGGUCUACAUUACGCACCUAUUCUCGACAAAGGUCGAGACGGUCAACGCCGCCUGCUCGGUCGGGAGCCACUUCAUCUUCAACAACCUCCUCCACUUCGCCUUCGUGAUGCUCUUUGUGCGGAGCCACUUCGUCUGGGCCGAGGUGAUUCUCGUCAUCAACUUCUUCAACUUGACAGCACUCUACUUCCGCCAUAACACAUACCCCCGCUUCAUCCACCUGCCCGCCGUCUCGGGGCCGCUGGCAUGGACGUUUGUGGCUAUCUACUGGAACGGUGCUAUCAUGAUUCCUUACCAAGGGAGCCUAGUUGCUCGCGUCUUUGCCAACAUCUUCAUUUGGUCGAUCCUGGUAUUCGGCAUGUUCUUUAUUGUGAUUUACAAGGACUACACCAUGGGCUUCAACCUCAGCGUGUUGGCGGCAUCUCUCGGCGUCGCUCAGUUCUUUAGCAAGAUUAUCGCGUUCCAGUGGAUCUUUGCUUUCACCAUUAUGGCUGUCCUGUUUGUCCUGUCUUUUAUCGUGGCUGUGCCGGCCUUGACCACCCGCAAGGACCGGUCGGCGGCCGAUACGGAGCGCGCUCCUCUGCUCGCGGACCCGUAA